CUUUUCGAGAGUAGCAAUCGACUCUUCGUUCUUCUCUCACGUCUCAGUUCUCACGCUUCACCAAGACAUUAAUGUCUUUAAUCUUCAAGAACAAAACCCAAUAUUUACUCAUCGAUUAUUUAUUUCUCCAUAAACCCUAGAUAUCGACACAGUAGUAUCAAGAUUCAGGAGUAAAUUUCAAUGGAUGAUCUUCCUUUUCCACCACAAAAUCCCAACCCGAGUGACACUCAAGAUCAACAACCCUCACAAUCAAACAGAAGAUUGAUUUACAAAAAACAAAUGAUUUUCUUACAAAACGGGUAUCCAUCGGGUUCCCCAUAUCCGGAGGGGAUUUUUUCACCCGAAUCCGUUGGGGAUUUGGCGGGGAUGGGUAUGGAGAUUAGAGGUCGGGUAUGGGGACGGGGAUUGUAG